CGAACCCUACGUACUACCUACAUCAUCUCCCUCCAACCAGCCGUGUUCGCAGCCAGCAUCGUCGCAGUCCACCACCGUCCUUACCACCGCAUACCUCCCGCCAGACCUCACAGUGUUGACCUGGCCCCGGAGCCUAUAAUCUGUCGCAGCCCAGAAUUAUCCCGUCAUCCGAGAAGGCCGCCCUUCCCCCUCGUCCCUCCUCGUUCCUCCAUUGCAGUCGUCGGCCAUCGUCUUCGGCCGUCACUCCCUCCCUCCCUCCCUCCCUCGUGUCGGGCACGGGCAAUGAAGCACGACUCGUGAGACCAUGGCGGAUCUGGGCAGGUCUACCGAUAAGUCCCCCCUCAAGACCAAGGUCGUGCGAUCCCAGAAGAUUACCACCGCAUCACCGGCUGCAAGGCCCAAUCCAAACCUCCCCGACGAAUCCGACUCUGACGAUGACGACUCGAGCGAACCAGCGCCCCUGCCCCGGAGCCAUACCCCCGGCCAUCUUGCCAGCAAGAGCAUCCAUACCAGCCGCCGAAAGCCCUCGGACCUCACCAUUCGCCAGCGCUCCCAGUCUGCCUCUCAGGUAGUUUCCCACCGUCCUGCCGCCAGGCCUUCCAAACCACCUCCCUCCAUCUUAAACGGCGGCGGCGAUGCCUCGAGCGAGGGUGACAAAGAUCCCCGGCGUCCACCCGUCAUGCGGUCGACGUCCGCGAUAGCUGGCCGGCCUCUUCACACUGCGUCGGCGGCAGCUGCUCGACAUGCAACGUUAGCCGCUUCACGUCUCCGAGGACAGCACACAGCCUUUCCCCCACUCCCCGAUAUCAAAUCCUCGCCGGAGGUCGCUGUUGCUCCAGCAUCCGGCAUGUACUGGUCAAAGGCUCCCUCGUCGGGUUCCCCUCACCCGAGUCUGCGAGCGCACACAACUACUCUCAUCGGAUCAAACAUCUUCGUAUUUGGGGGCUGCGACUCGCGGACAUGCUUCAGCGACCUCUACGUCUUCGAUGCCGAUUCGUUCUACUGGUCCAUCCCUCAUGUCGUCGGCGAUAUACCCGUCCCUUUGAGGGCCAUGACCUGCACCGCCGUGGGGAAGAAACUCGUCGUAUUUGGAGGCGGCGACGGACCAGAGUACUACAACGACGUUUACGUGCUGGAUACGACCAACUUCCGGUGGAGCAAGCCGCGCAUUAUCGGUGACAAGAUGCCAUCUAAGCGGAGGGCGCACACAGCAUGCCUUUAUAAGAAUGGAAUCUAUAUCUUUGGUGGAGGUGAUGGAGUAAGGGCUCUGAACGAUAUCUGGAGGCUUGAUGUCAGCGACGUGAACAAGAUGUCGUGGCGACUAAUUUCAAGCCCCGACAAGAACGCUCCAGGGUCCAAGGACUACCGCCCCAAGGCCCGGGGCUAUCACACUUCUAACAUGGUGGGCAGUAAACUCAUCAUCUUUGGCGGGUCCGAUGGCGGCGAGUGCUUUGACGAUGUCUGGGUCUACGAUGUAGACCAACAGUUCUGGCGGGCCGUUUCUAUCCCUGUUGCCUUCCGUCGCCUCUCUCACACUGCCACGAUUGUCGGCUCCUACCUCUUCGUCAUCGGUGGCCAUGACGGUAACGAGUACUCAAACGACGUCCUACUGCUCAACCUAGUCACCAUGACCUGGGACAAGCGCCGGGUCUACGGCAAAGGCCCCUCCGGCCGCGGUUAUCACGGCACCGUCCUGUACGAUAGCCGUCUCAUCAUCAUCGGCGGCUUCGACGGCUCCGAGGUCUUUGGCGACGUCAUGCUACUCGAACUAGCUGUUCACUCGUACUACUCGCAGAUUAGCCACUUCACUAUUGAGGUAUGAAUUGGGGUUGGGGCGGGGUUUGUGACUGGGCUCAUAAUGCUAUUGUACGUCUGUCGUCUUUGCGUUGAUAUUUAGCUUGGGGUGUAAGAGAUGAAUUUAUGAGAACGAGUGGGACAAAAAAAGAGAUGGACGGGAGUCGGCGGCCUAUUGUCAUUUUGUAAAGCUUUAGAAGUGGUGUUUUUAUCUUCGAAUCUCCGAGGUGUGGUGA